AUGCACUGGAGCAGAGAGUCCUUGCUUUCUGCUGCCAUCUGCUGCCUGCUGCCUGCCGACUGCUCUGCCUUUUCGCUUCGCCCACCUGCUGCAGCCGUCUCGCGUCUGAGCCCACUUCACCUCGAAUCGCCUGGCUCAGCUCGUUCUCAUUCUCGCUCUGGCUCAGGCUCUCGCCCUUUCUUUUGCACCUCCCGCCAAGGCAAAGGAGCAACUGCAGGACGUGUGCAGCCUUCCGUAUCUCGAUCCACCGCCUCACCAUCCCCUCUCUCCGUGACGUCGGCCAUCCAAUCCGCCUCUCACUUUCACCAUCUCAUCACCAUCACCGCUACUGCCAUCGUCGUACUCCGUCACGCCUCCGCUCACGGCUCAAACACGCGAGCUAGCUCGAGACCAACGCGGUCUACUAGGCUCGAAUCGCAUCGCGCGUCACUUGGCAGCCUCAACCCUUCGCCAUCGGCCAUGUCUGCUAGCUUUGCAAGCCCUCCUCGUCACAGCCAGUUUAGCACCCACACAGUCUCACAAUCCACAUCGCCGCCCAGCCUCACCAACACCAGCAGCCCCACCUCCAGCGACUCCACGGGCGACGAAGACGUGGCGGCGCUCAAGUCGGACACGCGUCCCAGCGCAUCGCACCGUCGCGCACGCGAGUCCGGCGUCACUCCAACCCCAUCCCAUCCCAACUCCGCCAAUUUCGACGCCUACUCGCCCAGCAUCUGGGGCGCACAUCCCCAGUCCAUCAUCUCUGGCCUCGACAUCAACAACAUCGAGUCGCAUCAGCGCGCUAAGCUGGCUCUCGACGGAAUGAACUUUCCAGGCUGGGACGGCAACUUCUCCAACCUAGGCGCCGCCACCAACGACGCCGACCUCUCCAUGGACAUGGACUCCACCUCCAGCACCGACUAUGGCUUCUCUCCGCGCUCCAUCCAGUCGCCAGCUUCGUCCCAUAACGCCAUGCCCAGCUUCUCCGGCGCCUCGCACGCGAUGACAAACGACAGCCCAAGCGGCUCCGACUCCAAGACGGGCUCGCUCUCGCACAAUCCCACCUCAGUGUCCGGAACCGUCAGCUUUGCAGGCAGCGGCGACGACUCGGACGGCCAUCCAGAAGCAGCUUGGAACGGCAAGACGAGCGACAACGACGAAGCCAUGUUCGACUCCUUUGUCCAGUCCGGCUCUUUUGGCUCGCCCGCAGUCAAGCACGAAGCCGCCUCUCUCAUGGCCAACGGCUCCAAUGGCCACGCCUUCGCCUCGAUGAACAUCCCGACCAAUUCGUCGGCAAACAUGAUGCCGCCGUCGGCUCCCACUGCCAAGCCAGCUGCCUCGCGCGCUACCAAAGCCAGUGCAAAUGCAAGCGCAAGUGCGUCCUCAUCUCGCAGAAACUCGGGCGAGUCGUCCGAGCCCAAAAAGUCGGCGGGUGUGGUCUCGGCUGCGCAGCGUCGAGCGGGCUCGCAAACCGCAGUCCACAGCAACAACCUUGACGCCGACCUUGGAUUCUCGGCUUUCGACGUCGUGCGUCCCAACCGCGAGGGUCUCAAGGACCUUCAGGUACACAUCCACGGUGUUCCCAUGCACGGUGCCAAGUCGCGCGUGGAGACGCAGAUUCGAAUGCGAAUCGAGCUCGUCCGACCCCGAAGCGUGCCUGCAGGCGGUUGGGAGCGCAUCGGCUCCUUCUCUCACAUCAAGCUCCCGCCGCUCAGUGGAACCAAGCGCAAGUCGAAAAAGUAUCAGAAGACCGAUGUUCCUCCCGAAAAGACGCUCUUCGUCGAUGCCACGGUCGUCAACGCCACGCCUCCGCACGACCGCGUCUACGUCUGCAAAGGCUGUCGCCAACGCGAACGCAAGCGUGCUCAUCGCAAGAAGGAUCCCAAGACUCCGCUCGAAAGUCAACCCACCGAAGAAGAGAUGAAGAGCCUCGGCAUCGAUCCAUCCGCGCCCGACGCUGUGGAAAAGACGCAGGCCCGCAUGGAGGACGAGGAGAAGAAGCGCGUCGUCCUCUUCAACUGCGGCGACUACGUCGACUUUGAGGAGGGCGAGGCCGUGCUUCCCACCCGCAUCACGUGCUAUUGCCGACACCACAAGGAGAAGGUCGGUUUCUGCGUCAUCUUCACCAUGCGAGACUGGCAGGGCCGCCUCAUCGCCACCGGCUCCACGCCUCCCAUCAUGAUCACGGACGACCACAAGUCGAUGGGCAUCGCCGCCCAAGCUGCUCAAGCAGCCGCAGCCGCGGCAGGCUCUUCGAGCAAUGUCACCUCACCCUCGGCCACCACCUCCUUGGGUGUCGUGAAGCAGGUCAAUGGCACCAGCCCUCGAAACCCGCCUCCGCAGCCCUCGCCUCACAGUGACGGCACCGCCGGCGGUACCAAUUCUACGAGUGGCAGUGCCACACCUAGCGGCAGCAUCACCCUCGAGACGGCGCCCAAGCAGAGAAAGGAGCGCUCCAAGCCGUACGACGGCAACCGACGUCGACGCAACACCUCGGGCAAGGAUCUCAACAUGACGCCGUACUCGGGCACCGGCCAGAACACGCCCUCCAUUUCUGCCACCUCGCCUGUUGCCGUCGGCAACGGAGUCGAUUUCAGCUCGGCCGAUUUCUGGAACGCGUUUGCCAGUGCCGGCACGGCCAUGAACGGUUUGGGCCGCAGCAGUAGCACCAGCACAGGCGCCAAAACUCCUGGCGAUGCCUCCAGUAUGGGUGGUUCUCCCGCUCCCGCUGGUUUGGUGGGUCCGGGAUCAUCGCAAGGUCUGCCGCAGCCCCACGGUGCACCUCAGCUAUCGCUACCGCUGUCGUCCAUGCCUCCUCAACUCCAGGCGCAGCUCGCACAAGGCUCGCUGUCUCCCACCACUCUGCAGACCAACCUCGCCAGCCUGCCCAACUUUGACCUCGAGCAAUUCUUCCGCAACGCACAGGCCGGAGUUUCGAGCAGCGUCGACUUUGCACAGUUGAUGGCGAUGGCCGCAGCGGCUGCGCUGCCUCCCCAUCUGCGUCCGAACUCCACUGGACCAGCACCACCGGCACCCACCUUUGCCCAGGCCUCGCCUCCUGCUCCUACGCCCAGCAUCGAGCAUCCGCCGAUCCCGAAGAUCUCCAAGCUCAUUCCCGGCGAAGGCCCUACCAGCGGUGGCAUCGAAGUCACCGUGCUCGGCGAGAACUUCACCGAGGGCAUCACGUGCGUGUUUGGCGAUGUGCCGGCGUCCAACACCAAGGUGUGGGCCAGCAACACGCUGGUCUGCCUUCUGCCGCCCAGUACCAGCCCCGGCCCGGUCGUCGUCAGCGUCAAAGGUGCCACUCAAGUGCCGCAACCACCUCCGGUCAACGGGCCUCUGCAGCUCUUCACGUACAUCGACACGACCGAUCGAGCCCUCAUGGAGCUGGCGCUUCAGGUAGUCGGUCUGCAGAUGACCGGGCAGAUGCGCUCAGCCCGCGAGGUUGCAAUGCGCGUCGUUGGCUCUGGCGGUGGACAGCAGCCGGGCAUGCCGGCCGCGUUCACCGGGUCCGGAGGCAGCAACGGCCUCGGCCACGCACAGGCGCGAGAGGCCGUGGCUGGUCUCUUUGCCGGCCGAUCGCAAAGUACGAACUUCCAGGACAGCGUCAUCCAAUUCCUCUCCUUGCUGGACGCGGAUGUUAGCAGCAUUCCAGACGCACAACCGCGGAUGGAUGCGAUCCGUCUGGCCAACAAGCAAGGCCAUACGCUGCUGCACCUCGCCACGCUGAUGGGCUUCCACCGCCUUGUGGAGCUGCUCAUCCGCCGAGGCUGCCCACUGGAUGCGCGCGACCGCAACGGAGUCACCGCGCUUCACUUUGCCGCCAUCCAGGGUCGCGUCACGAUCGCCCGCAUGCUUCUUCGCGCAGGAGCUCGUGAUGAUGUUGCCGAUGCAAACGGUCUGUAUGCCGUCGACCUCGCUCGAAACAACGAGCAGGUGGACGUUGAAAUGAUCCUCGACAACACCGCCCGCACUGGCCACUGGCAGACGCGCAGGCUCACGUCGCACGCCGCCUCGAGCCUUCACUACGACGAAGAUGAGGAGGACCUCGUGUCCGACGAGCUCAGCAGUGAAGCCAGCGACUCGGACGUCGACGAUGACAAUGUCAGCACCAGCUUUGACGAAUACAGCGACGACAGCUGCUCGGUGGCCGGCGAUGACGAGGCUGACGCCUUGCCCCGACGCGGCAUGUUGACCGACACUGCUGACGACCUGGAAGCUCGACAGGCGCUCUCUGAGCUGCCGACUCCGGUCAUUGACGAGAAGGCUUCGCUCAAGGCCCUGGACGCCCGUCGUUCCGAAUCCGAUGCCAAGCUGUCUAGCGAGAAGCGCGCUGAUGACAAGGCGGAGCGCGACAGUUCGGCCAACAAGUCGUGGCUGACCAAGGCCGGCGACACCGGCGCAGACUGGAUGAACCGCGGCUUCUUGCCCCAGACCGUGGCGCACAAGUUCGCCCAGCUUCACAUGCCCGCCAUGCCCGCCAUGCCGGCGAUCAAUGUCUUCCACCUCGGUCUGCCUGCACCCGCGUUCAUGCCGUGGUCAGCAUCUCAGCGCGCCGACCGAGGCGCUGACGACUCGGAUUCGACCGCUGCCAACGAGUCUGCCGCCAAGGGCAAGGCGCGCUCGGAUGAAGCCGCAGGCUGGGAGCACGACGAGCGCGGCCGUCUGCUGACGCUCUGGAAGAACAUUGUCGAGGAAGGUGCAUGGGGUCUCAACCCUCUCUACUCGCCUCCGCCUGCAUACGAGUCGGUCGCAGCCGCGGACGAUCAGGACGGCAAGUCGGAGGCCGCAAUGGGCACGCCGUCUGCGUCCACCAGCCGCAGCGCCGAGAACGCAUCGGAAGCCGGCACUCCCAUCGCCGGUCCUUCUCGCAGAAAUUCGACGCGUCGACGAUCCGCGCACGCGAGUGCAGAGGGUUCCUCGUCAUCAGCGACGCACGCCGCACGUGCAGCAUCCACGAGCAGCAGCAACAGCGCCAAGACCAAGUCUUCCACCGCCGCUGCACGACGUCGCAAGACGCAGCUGCACCUGCGCGACGACGCGAUGCUAGUGUGGUUCUGGAUCCCCGUCUUGCUGAUCGCCGCGGUGGUUUUGCUCUUCUCCAAGAGCUCGAGCAUCUUUAGCUAUGCCGACUUGAUGAGCUACUUGGACCUUCCGGCCGUCGGCCGCAAUCGCGAGGCUUGA